GAUCGAACCCGGGCCGCCGCGGUGGGAAGCCAGCGACCGCCAGCGACUAACCGCUUGAGGUAUGCCGCGGCCUUCGGUGACAUCAUUCUACCCAUUCUACCGUAGCCCAGCAUGCCCUGCAUAGAGGGGAAGUUAUUGUGUCACCGGGGAACGCCGGGGACCGGGGAAUACCCUACGCGGUGCUUGGUUGUCGGAGGGUGUUAGGUUGUAAAUGUAUGUUAGUGGUUCAAGUGGUGAGUCGAAAUUAGAAUUUGGCUUAAAAGAAGCAUAUAUUGGUUUUAGGUUUGUGAUAAAAGUGUAGUUUGUUAUCCUGUGUCUUAUCUAGACGAGUUCUAAGUGCUCUUUGGGACCCAGAACGGCACCACACCCAUCAGGUACCUCAGAUCUCAGUGAUGUGGUUUACAGUCGUGCUUGCAUUGAUUAUCCCCCUGACUGCUGCAGAGGUAUGUCCAGGAGGAAGAAAAACUUGUUUGCAGAGGAUGACAUGCUGUGAGCUUCCCAGUGGUGAGCAGGGAUGCUGCCCAUAUGAUGAUGCAAAAUGUUGUCCAGACAAAGUGCAUUGUUGCCCACAUGGAUAUAAUUGUUUGACUGGACACUGUCAGCAUGAAUAUGAGGACAUACAUACUGAGCUUACAAAACUCAUGGUGGAUUAUCAAGAACCAUUAAACAAGCUGGACAGUGAAUCUAAUCAAUCACCAAAUGCUAGCUUGAUGGAGCGUACGAAUCAAAUCUGCUCUGAUGGAUCCCAGGUCAGUGAUUCAGAUACGUGUUGUGAGAUUUCUCAGAAUGUGUAUGGAUCUUGUCCUCUUCCUGAUGCUGUAUGCUGCCAAGACCAUAGAACUUGCUGUCCUUCACAGUAUGCUUGUACCCCAGGAGGAUGGUGUCAGCCGGAAAUGGCAGACAAUACUCUGAAACCUGUAAAACGAAUAUCAGUCAAUACACUCUGCCCAGGAGGUCGUCAGUCUUGCCCAGCCGGUGACACGUGCUGCCCUCGGGGUUUUGGACAGUGGGGCUGUUGUCCAUUGCUAGCAGCAACCUGUUGCUCAGAUCUUAGCCAUUGCUGCCCUCAUGAUUACAGGUGUGAUGGCAGGGGAUUUUGCACAAAAGUCAGCGGCAAAUAUUAAGUGAUUAGUGGUUUCAAGAAGUUGAUAUGCUAUGUUUGAUUUCACUGCAUUUGUAGGGGUUUUGAAAAUGUGUCUCCCUGAAAGAGAGAGAGAUGUAUGAUUUAAUUGGUUUCAUAAUUUCAUAUAAUGUUUUUGGAAAUAUCUGUAAAGCCAUAAAAAAGGUUUCUGAAUAUUGUUAUAGACAGCCUUAUUUUUUAAACCUACCCUAAUGUCACAGAUUUGAUGGACUGCAUAUUUUUUGUUAGAAGAAAUAACAUAAAAUAAUGGCUCUUUUUAAUGACUGAAUAACAGUAUAGUUGUAUGUACUUUUGUUUUCAGCUACCAAAAUAAUAAUUAUGUAUGGAGACCAUUCCAUUAUUGGAAAAGAGAAUGGUUUCAUGGAAAUUGAGUAAGAGCUGUAAUGUAUGUUGUGCCUACUAUGUGAAUGCAGUGUGUUUAUAUUAUGGUAUUUGAAAAUUAACAAUUUGGUUGAUGCUGUAUUUAACAUGUUCCCAGCUGCAAGAAUUUUUGUAGGUAUGAAAAGAGAGACUUAACUAAAUGCUAGUAUGAUACAAAUAUUGCAGUGUUAUUUUACAGAAAAGAAAUGGCUUGGUGCUAUAUUAAUCUAUUACACUGUCUUGUUAUAUGGACUAUAUAUGAUACUGUAGGAACACUUGUACUUGCUAUGAAUUUGCGCUGUGGGCUGUAAUUCACUUGAAUUUGAGUGCAGCUUUUCCUUCUCAUAUAUUAAAGUUGAGCUGUUAUGCAUCACAAAAUAAAUAUGUUUCUGAAUUAGUGAAAGGAACAAUAAUGCCCUUCCUUGGUUAAAUUUGAUUCCCAUGGGCUGCAUGCAGCCUGUCAGACAUCGUAGUUGGUAAAUUUGAUUUCCAUGGGCUUCAUGCAGCCUGCCAGAUGGCUUGUGUGACCUGCAAGAAAAUUCUGCCAACAGAAGGUAAAAAUAUGUAGUUUAAAAUAAAAUUUCCAAAAUGCUUUAAAACAAUAUGUACAUGUAAUUCUAAUUAAAAAUGUCUACAUCUGAAACUGAAAAGUGUCGAGUACAUUGGAACAGAUAUUCUGUUGGCAGGUGUUCAUGAUACCUAAUAUUCCAUUAUUGCAGUAAGAUCAGAUUGUCAGAUCAGUACUUAUUCUUAACACCAGUGUUAACAGAACUUUAUAUUUUGCUGCAUGUGAACUUGAUCUUGUUUUGAUGUAAGAAUUAGUUUUCCAUUGAUAGCUUGAAGUAGGGACCAUAUUGUAGCAUUUACAGUUGUUGCUAUGCAAUGACUGUGAGACAGUCGAAUAAACAACAGCCAUUUCUAGGCAACGGAUAUGCACACAACAAUAGAAUUACUGCUGGAAACGGUGUUUUAUACUCGAUCCAUACAGAGAGGUUAUAAGGAAGACAGUUGGGGCAAUCCGGUUGAGUCAGUUCAGUUCUGCAAGGGAGACUGAGAAGAGAUGACACUAUAGUUUGGUUGACUAGAAUUCUGGACAGGAGGCGGUGAACAUCAAACCUGAGCAAAUUAAGCUGAAGAAUCUCCACUGUUAGAAACUGUUGCCAGGGAAUGGCCGGUGAAGACACAGCAGGCUGUAAAAUGCAUAGCAGGUGCUGUGGUGAUUGUGAAUUGUGGAGAUUAGUGGUAGUGCUGUAAUUGUACUUUCAAGAUGUGUGUAUAAGUGGUCAAUAAAUUCAUCCAUAAAUCCAAA